AUGUCUGGUAAUCCGGGUAGUGCGCUGCAAGCGCUGUCCCCGACACCGCCAGAGCGCGGGUCGUUUCCGCUGGACCACGAGGGCGAGUGCACCGCGCAAAUGAUGGAGUACCUCAACUGCAUGAAACUGGUGCGGGGCGAGAACGCGCCGAACUGCCGGCUGCUGGCCCGUAACUACCUCAAGUGCCGGAUGGACCAUCGCCUGAUGGACCGGGACGAGUGGGCGCACCUCGGCCUGCCUGACGACAAGCGGGCGGAGGCGGCGGCCAGCGCCGACAGCGCGCGGCCGCCGCGGCAGUAG